UAUUGUAUUCACUCCAUUUAUUCGCGAUACGUACCGGUUUCUGUUGAUAUCAAGCGUGAUAAAUAUGUUUAAGAAUAGUGAAAAAAUCGACUUUGAAAUAGCCCUGGACAAAACCGGGUUUGGCAAAUAUAACAUAUGUCUCUUAAUAGCUUGUUGUUUACAAAUACUGGCUAUGUACAUGGAUAUAUUUGGAUUUUCAAUCAUUCUUCCCAGCGUGGCUUGCGACAUGGGACUCUCUACAUCACAGCAAGGGUUGCUCUCUGCUAUGCCUUUAAUUGGUGUAAUGAUUUCGUCAUACGCCUGGGGCCUCUGUGCUGACACUCUCGGCCGUAGGAUCACGUUGCUUGUCGCAAUGCCGAUCGGUCUGGCGCUAAGUUUAGUAUCUGGUAUUGCACCUACCUACGCAUCGUUAGCGACUCUGAAGUUCUUGUCUGCUGCAUUUUCAUCAUCAGCAAACGCUGCCGCUUUUGUGCUCCUGGGCGAAAGCGUUCCCCCUAGACUCAGAAACAAAUUUAUGUUUCUAAUGGCCAGCGCCACUAUGUACGUCCAGUUAGUUCUAUGUGUGAUUGCACUAGGAGUAUAUCAGUUAUCAUUUAACAUUUAUUUACCGAUAAUAAACAUAUAUUACCGGCCCUGGCGACUUAUUCUCCAACUAAAUACACUACCCGGAAUUAUCGGUACAUUGGGUGUUAUAUUUCUCAAUGAGAGCCCUAAAUUUUUGCUCAGCAAUGGAAAGGAAGAGGAGGCAAUCGCGGUCUUGAAAUCAAUACAUCGAUGGAACAAGGGUUCAAAUUGCGAAGAGUUAUCAAUUUCCACAAUACAUCUAGAUGAAGAUAUCAUACCGGUAGCUGGAUCGUCUCUGCUGGAAAAAAUUUGGAAUCAAACAGUUCCACUAUUUAAACCUCCACUUUUGAAAAACUCACUUAUCCUUUACUACAUUAUCCUUUGCGCAUAUAUGACGGCCACAGGAUACACAAUGUGGAUACCGACGGUGACGAACGCGUUUUUCAAUGGUGAAGAUAACGCUAAUAAAACCUUCUGUGAAGUAGCCAGCACUGCGACGUCGGCUAAUAAAACAGACUGCAACAAUACAAUUAAGCUAAAGACUUACUACGCGGUUAUGUUAUAUUCGGGAAUCUCUGGCUCGCUCAACGUACUUCUAACGUUCUUGGUUGGUCCUCUUGGCAAGAAAACAUUAACCAUUCUGGUCUUUGCCGUGUCAAUAUCAGCUGGAACACUUCUAUUUUUUGUGAAGCAACCUAUAAUGAACAUCGCGCUAUUUUUCCUAUUUCUGUACGUGGCACUCAUUUUGGGAAAUGUAAAUACGUACUUAGUGGAAGUAAAUCCCACCCAUCUGAGAGGAAUGGCUACAUGUUUAUCUGUAGUAGUUGCACGUGGAUUUGGUUUUUUUAGUGUGCAAAUAAUAGCCAUACUCCUUGCCGACCAUUGCGUUCCAUUAAUUGGAGGAUAUAUCGCACUUGUUUUAUCUGGUUUACUGGUAGCGAUAUUUUUACCUACAGACCGUAACGGUACCUCCGAAAAGAAUUUUAAAUAA